ACCUAACAAAUCUAACUUAAUAUUUUACUUUAAUUUAACCGUAGAUUAUACUUUGUCAUUAUGGUUGGAAAAUAUUGUCAUAUCUUUUGGGAGGCAAAUAUAAUUUUCAUCGUUUCAAUAUUUUUUAAUCAUUUUCAUCCUAAACGAAACAUAAUCACCUAACCUAUUAGUAAUUGCGAUAAUGAUAAUUUUAUACCUUGUUCUGUAGAAGGGCAGGAAAUAGAUAUCAUAGGUUAUCUAGAUAACAUACAAUUACGAGUGAACUUUAGGUCGAGUGUUGAUAAGUUAUCAUUCACUCUUACGAUUGAGUCACCUUGCUAAUGACAUUCAUGUAAAGAACCCAUAGCUAAUAACACGUCGAUAUUAACAUACGUUUUUAUAUAAAUAAUUUAUGUGGAUCGCGGAGUAGAAACAAGAAAAAAUCAUGAUCAAUAAAUUAGCAUUGGUCACUGGCUCAAAUCAGGGCAUUGGAUUCGCCAUAGUGGAGGAAUUAUUAAAAAGAGGAGUCAAAAAUGUCUACGUCACAGCGAGGAACGAGCACCGAGGUAGAGACGCCGCAGAUAAGCUUAAAGCCAAAGGCCUGAACCCUCAAUUUCACCCGUUAGAAGUAACUAAUACAAACAGCGUAAGAAGAUGUGCGGAAUACAUAAAAAUGAAACACGGGGGAUUGGACAUCUUAAUCAAUAAUGCUGGCGUCAUAACAGAAAGCUGGGAAAACACCACAUACGAUGACGCAGUACGAGUAAUCAAUACAAAUUACCACGCUAUUCUAACGGUCCAGGAGCAUUUCUUCCCGAUCCUUAACCAGAAUGCGAGAGUUAUAAACAUCGCUAGCGACUGCGGGCACAUUUCUAAUCUCAAAAAUAAGGACUGGAUCGCCAGACUGACGAAGAAGGACGUUCAAAAAUCAGACAUCGAUGCAUUUAUUGAAUGGUUCUUGAAUUCCGUGAAGAAUGAAACGUGGAAACCCGAGGAUUUCUUCCAAACGCAGUUACUAGCAUACAAGAUUUCCAAGAUAGCGCUAUGCGCGUUGACUGUGGUGCAACAGAGAGAGGUUGACAGAAAUAUUUCCAUUAACUCUCUGCACCCUGGAUUCGUUCAGACGUCGAUGACCACUGGUAGUGGAGUGUUCACACUGGAAGAGUCGAGCAAAGCCCCGGUGUAUUUAGCUCUGGAUGUUGAUCAGUCGGUGAAGGGGCAAUACUUCUGGUACGACAAGGAGCCAAAGGAUUGGCGUAACCCGAACUCGCCGUUAUAUUGUGAUUAUGAAGUGCUUAAGAAUUAUUUGUAAUAUUGUGUGAUGAAGUGUUAUAUUUAAUAUAAUAAGCAGGUAAAUAUACAAAUGUACAUCACGCAGUCGGUGAAGGGGCAAUACUUCUGGUACGACAAGGAGCCAAAGGAUUGGCGUAACCCGAACUUGCCGUUAUAUUGUGAUUAUGAAGUGCUUAAGAAAUAUUUGUAAUAUUGUGUGAUGAAGUGUUAUAUUUAAUAUAAUAAGCAGGUAAAUAUACAAAUGUACAUCACGUUGCUAAGUUGAUGUCAUAUUUAUUAUUAAAAUUAAAAGUAAAUAAUUAUAAAUUA